UUACACAAGUACCGUUUGGCAUAUCUUUAAAUCUUGUGUUUAAAAGAACUCAGAUUUUCAUGGUUGAUGAAUUUACAAUAGGGAUCAAUAUGAACACUGAAGUAGUUGAAAAUUUCAACUCAUCUAGUGCUAAUCAUCAUGGGUUUAUACCUAUGUAUGGUGACAAUUUCUCUGAUCAUCAUCAAAGGUCUCAUCCUCUUUCAUUAUUGUCUCUACAAGACGGUACUGAUGCUAUUCAGGGCUUUAAUUUCAUCGGUGAUCAUCAAUCUAGUUCGGUCUAUGAUCCUAUGAACCAUUUCCCUUCAAUGGUAGAGACGUUUGGGCUUCAACGUGAUAGCGUGGCACCGCCAGUUGAAAGCUUCAUGAACUCAGAUCCUCCGGUAUUUGAUCCUGGAUUUAUUGGAGAAAUUAAGGGCCAUGGUGGUAGAAAGAGAAAGAAAAGUGAUGGAUCCCGAGUUGAGAAACCAAGAGAAGUUGUUCAUGUGAGAGCGAAGAGAGGUGAAGCUACUGAUAGUCACAGUUUGGCUGAAAGGAUGAGAAGAGAAAAAAUAAACGAAAAGCUACGACGCUUGCAAGAUCUGGUUCCCGGAUGCUACAAGACGAUGGGAAUGUCAGUGAUGUUGGAUGUGAUAAUCAAUUAUGUUCGAUCGUUGCAGAAUCAAAUUGAGUUUCUAUCCAUGAAGCUUUCAGCAGCCAGCAUGUACUAUGAUUUCAACUCCACUGAAAUGGAUGAUAUGGCCCCUAUGAAGGGAACAAAUGGACAUGAAGCACAGAUGAUGGAGAGGAUGGUUGGAGAAGGGUAUGGAGACUUUCCUCGAUUUCAAUCAACAUGGUCUCCUUGAACUCUAUGAAAUUAAUAAAUAUAUAUUUGCUCAAUUUAUAUAACUUUACACUUAAAUUAUUUAUGUUUUAAGACUUCGAAGGUAUUUGUUGAUCUAUUAAAUGUUCUUGUUAUUUGACUU